GGAGAUCCCCUUUAUCUGGCAUCUGAUUUAUAUACAAGAGGGACCAUCGUCUUGGAUUAGUGUCGAGCAGUGAAACCGAACAGUUAGUUCUCAGAGAACAAAGAAACGUCCUACAAAUAAGCCGUGUAAUAUAUUAAACUGUGUUUAAAAACAGCAUCAUGAUAAAAUACGUGACAAUUUUAUUCGCCACCUUUAUUUUGGUUCAAUCACAGAGGCCGCCUUAUGCAGGAAGUAGCAAACCAUAUCCUGCUGUCCUUCCACAGUAUUUAGAAGGAGUAACAGCUGGUGCAGCUAGCAUUAGUACUAUCGGGAAUCGAAUUGAUUCAAACAACGGCAACGGACCAUUAAUGGAAGCUGCAGCUCCUAGUACUCCGAUGGCAAUACCAACGAUUCCUCCAGAUUUGCCCGUGGACGCUUUGGGAGACGUUAACUUAGUAAAUAAAAUCAAAACUUGGCCAAAGGAUAAACAACCAUUCUGGUUUCUCAACUGGCAAAAAAUUCAAGAGCACCGAGGUGACUCGAAAAACCGAGCGCAGCCAGUAGAGACGCAACCGAAUCAGAGAUCGUUUUUCGCGGGCUAAACAUUUGCUUUAUAUUCCAUUCGAGACGACAUAUGCAUACACUGCCGUCGUUGUUUUGCUAGUCAAGUUACACUUUUCUAAGAAUUUUUUUACAAGACUUAAUCGACCGAUGAUACGUCAUUACUUUAUCGACGCAGGAUUUUAUGUCGGAUGAAUUUGCGAUGUUGCAUGGUACAAAAAUGUAUGAACCACGGAUCAGCCUUAAUGUCCGUGUGCCUCGUGCGUAAAUGAGAAAGAAGGACAGCGUUUUGUAAUACUGUUUUUACACGGCGUGAAUUUUUCAGAGCGAAUAAAAUUGAGCGUAAAAUCGA